UCCUCGCAGUGCUCGCAGUGUGUUUUAGAAUAUAGAAAAGUGUGCACAUAUUUUCGUUAAAGCGCUUAAUCCAUUGCUCUUUGACGCUUUCUAGCUGUACAAAAAUCUAAUACUACCAAUUUCGUAUAUUUACAAUAAUAAAUAUCACAUGUAAACGAAUUGGAUUAAUAUAAAAUUAAGUGGAAAAGUGAAUAGUAAUCGCUAAAUAUCCUCGCAGCAGUAAAAAUUAUAUGGAAUUGUUGAAAAAGUGCCUUUUAUUUGUGUGUGCGCAACCGACGUAUAAUGGAUCGUUUCUGGUGUAAGUGAGCAGAAAAAAGAAACAAAAAACAUAUUGAAAAGAGGUAAAUGGUGCAAAUUAAUAAUGAAGGUACGAAAGUAAUUAUAACAUACAAGUUGGGUGCUAAUUGAAACACCAAUCGGAAAUAGCAAAUAUAAAUAAAUCCUAAUGAAACAGUGAGUGCUACAGUGGUUGUCUAUUGACGAAUUGACGAAAUAUAUAAAAAACAAAACAAUUUUGGUUGGAUAUACUUUUAAGCCUAACUUAAUUACUUUCCAUGUUCUCUUUUCUAAACAUAUUCGUGGAGUAACUUUUGGAACAAAUCUUCAUUUUUUGGAAUUUCAUGCAUAAUUGUUUCAUAUUUCUACAAUUUGUCGAAGCGGUUGCAGACGCUGCCUUCGCUGUCUUGGUUACCGUGAACGAUUUUGUGUGCGUCUCUUUCAUGUGACGUUCAUUCAUUUAUGCAGGCAGCAGAGAAUUUGGUAAAAAAAAUGAAAGAAAAGUCAGAAAAAUACAAGCAGUAUUAAGUGAAGAAUAAAAGAUUAAAAAAUUGGUAUAAAAGAAAAACAGAAACAGAAAGAAAUUCUCUUGGCUAUGCUUUGUAUUGUUUUUCUUUAAUGGGCGCAGCAGCAGCAGCAAGUAAACGCAUAACCACCACCAAUAGUACACAAACAGCUAGCGGCACUGGAGCAACCGAGACAGCAAACAUUACGAAAAAAGUUGAAAUCGCUUUAAGACAAGUAGUGUAUUGCUAUUGCUUUUGGCCAUCUUUCCGAUUGUAACCAGCAUAGUGUGUGUGCGUAUGUGUUACUGGUUUUUGCUAUUGUUGAUUAUUGCCUGCUUCUUGGCUUCUUACUUCCACUGUUAAAACUUCGUGCGGUUUCUGUGUCUACAUAUGUAUUUAUAUGUAAAAGUAUAGUGCAGUAGUGUGGCGCCGAAGCAUUGACCGCACUCGGUAUCUUCGAAUACACCUACAUACUAUUUGAAAUCAUUCAUACAAAAAUACAUACGUACAUACAUACAAACAUUAGUGCAUACCGGACUCGGAGUGCAUAAAGAGUAGUAAAAACUGCCAAUAAUUGCAAGGAAACAAGUAAAUGGAAGUGAAUAAGAAGAACACAACUUAACGCCAAUAAAACAUACAAAGUUAUAAAGAAUUUAUUGUCGAUUUUUCCAAAAAUCUGAAAUGAAAAUCCCGACAAUUUUUCGUUCUCAUUUGUGUAUAUAACAAAUUUUUGGUGCAAAUCAGUGAAGAAAAGAAAAGUAGUGAGCGCAGAAAAAAAAAUCACCUCAUCGCAUCCGUCAAACGAUUGCAACAAUAACAAAAGUAACAGUGCCAACGGCAGCAACAAUUAAAAUACACACAUUCGCUGAAAAUUCGUAAAAAAAAAAGAAACACAAAUCUCAAAAGAUCCAAAAAAAAAAGACAAAAAAGAAAAACAAAAUAAGCAAAGGCAAACGUGAACUCUUUAUAAUCGCAUUCACAUUCGCUCAUCUGAAUCGUGGUGUUCGUAGUGUUUUAUCCAUCGUUGCCGUGGUCGUCAUCGUCGUCGUCGUCUCCAUCGUGGUUGUGAUUGUCGUCGUCGCUGCGGGUGUUUUGCCGAUUUCGUUGUUAUUGUGGCUAUAAUUUAAACAGAUUUUCCAAAGCAGAUUUUCGCUGAUUCAAGUGGAAAGUGUUAUUGGCAUGUUUUGGCAAUUGCGCCGUCAAACGCUAACGAACAAAUAAGUUUCUAUUCGACGAAACGAGAGACCAUAUAUACUAGCACCAGGUCUAACAGCCUUCGUAAAGUAUUGCCAACAAAAUCGCCGGCAAGUCAGCAAUAGCUGUGCAAUUUUCUUCCGACUUUUGCAUUCGUAUGUUUUACGUUAAAUAAAAAACCCUUUCCGCAAAAUUGUUUUUAUUAUUCGUCGUCGUGUAGCGUGCUUGUGCUAUUUCAUUGCCUAACGCAAACAUUUCGUCGCGAAUUUGACAUUUGCCGAUUUGACGCAUUGCCACAAUCCUGCGGUCACAGAGUUUUUGUUGAGCAUUGCUCGUGCAGUUCCAGUGCAUAGUGUCAAGCAGUUAGGUCAAGUGAACCGGUCAGGUGUUGAAAAGGAUUAUUUCUCAGCAUUCGUUGUUGCUGGUGGCCUAAUUGGAUUUUAUAUUAACAAUAUUUACCUGACAGCGAUUUAAAGUGCAUUUAGUGACAACUUCAAUAAACAUAGGAGAAAAAUCUAGGAAAAACAAGUGAACUUUUGUGGUGAAGCUGCAUUUUUUUUUGGAUUAUUCACAUAAAAUGCCAGAAAGCCGUAAAGCUUGAAGCAUUUGAAACAACAAAGAAGAAUAAGAAUAGAUGAGUAAACCUCUACAAAAUGUACAAUAUAAGUCACUGUAAACAGAAAACAACCACACUACUUUUGGUAAAUUCAAGUGGAAAACUUUAAUACCACCUGAAUUUAGAUAGAAACAAAAAUAAAACACCUAACCUCCAAAACAAAGAUAUAACUAAAAUCCAAGAACCAAAAAAGAGCGAAAAUAUGUCUACGAAAUUCUCUGCGCAUCCUGACUUGGCAGUCGAGCAAUUACAACGAGCUGCCGAGCUAACAGCGCGUCAGAAUUCCUGUAGCAAAACGCAUGCGCAUCAUAGGCGACAUCACUCCGCAGGAGCGGGGCCCCACAGCUCACCCGCCAAGGUGGCCACGAGGAGCGCAACGAAACAAUUUAAUUCCAAUAAUACAGCAGGGCUUGCUGAUGCUGAGCCGCAAGUGGAGCCUUACGCCGCCAGCGCAUUUCCACGCGGCUCACCCGUGCGAACUCUCAACCCAAGCACCAGUGGGGGCAGCACCAGCAGUCACACAACAACACCUGUGGAUGUGCUCGAUAACAAAUUCUCGUAUAAUACCAUGGAUGCGAUGGUUUUGGCCUACAUCGAUGAUAUCGAUCUCAAUUGUGCUGACGCUGAUGGUGAAGAUGAUGUCUACAUACAGAAUACAAAUAGCCGAACGAGCAACAGAAACCGCACCAAAGACUGUGUAGACUAUACGCCGUCCACGCCGACGUUACGAUGGUCAACGGCUGGUGGUGCUGGCGCAGCCGCUGGUCAUCCAAAUACUGCAGCACAUCCAACACAAGAGCCCACAUCUGUGGAUGAGCCAGAUUACUUGCAGCAUCGCUUUAGCCGAACAGUCGCCGGCGCCAAUUGUAAUAGUCGGCAGUCGGCGUCCCAACAGCAGUUUGUUACGAGUAGUGUUGAUUACUACACCGCCGACCCGCGUGCCUCGCCACUGCACACCAUUAGCGAUGGUUGCGCCAGUGGUUUGAGUAGUGUACUAAGUUCACCCUCAGCCAGCACAGUAUCUUCGCCACUUUCAACGCCGACAAGACUUGCGCCACAUUUUCAACGAAACCAAAAACAACAACCAAAUAGUAAUAACUGCUGUCAAAAGUCGCUGUCGACUGGUUGUUGUAGCAGCUCGGGCGCGAGGAGCAAUAGCGAUACAUGUUGCAAUCAAGAGCAUCACCAACACAAACAUCAACAUCACCAGCACCAUCCUCAUCAUCAACAUAAAGCGAUGGCAACGUCAACAUUAUCAUCAAGUACAUCCAAGGCGGCGGCGGCGGCAGCAGCUGCUGCGGCAUCAUCGUCGUCAAGCGGAUGUAAAAAGUCGCAGAAAUAUGAUCCCAGAUUACUCGGCCCAUCACGUUAUCGUCAACUUUUGCCAGUUGUGCUGUGCAUUCUGUCGUUCGCGACCGUCUUUAGUAUAUUAAUUGUUUACAUGGAUACGACAGAGAUUCGUCAUAAACAAUUUCGACUGAAUAUGUCGCGCGAUUAUGAAUUUUUCGGCGUAGCACAAGAUGAUCCCACCCUCAUAGCAUUCCUGCGCGAAAUACAUAUGCGCAAAUACCCUAUGCACUUCCUGAAGAAUGCGCCAAUAGAUGUAGCAACAUCAACGAUGGCAACAGCAGCGCAUACGUCUCCAGCGGCAGCAGCGGCGGCGGCGGCGGCGGCAGCAACAGCAGCAGCAUUAGCAUCCUCCUCCGCUUCUUCCACCACAGCGACAGCGACGUCGACGCAUUUCAAUUUCAGCACACACUAUGAAGGUCUGACCGCCGAAAUGGCGCAUUAUGUGUCCGAUUUAGUGGGUGGUAAAGAGAAUGGUGCCUUUAUACAAUCAUUACCCGGUGCAAUGGGUCAUCUAAUGACGUCGCCAUGGCUAGCGGCUACAUUAAAUUGGGUAGGUUUGGUAGUGGAACCGGAACCGCGUCGUUUCUUCACCUUGCGCAAACAGAAUGCGCAACGGCUGGGUCUGCAGGUGGUGCAUGCAUGUAUAUCACCGAAUCCGUAUCCGAAAGAGGUUACGAUACACAACGAAGAGUCUGAGGUGCGCAUCAAUAGUCUGUUGGAUGAAGAAACUUCGUGGUUUAAUUCGCGCGUCAAAUGCUUUCCAUUAUAUUCGCUAAUGUUAGCCUGUAAUCGUGUGGAAUACGAUCUACUUAGUUUGGGAGUUCAUGGGCAUGAAUUGGAGAUCCUACAAACGCUACCCUUCGAUCGGGUACAAAUCGAGGUGAUAUCCAUACACCUAACAGAUGACAUCGCACGAGGCUACGUACAAGAGCUAACCAAGUUCCUAGCGGGUAAAUCGUAUAAAUUACAAAAGACCUUCGGUCGCAACUAUUUCUAUCAACGAAGUAAAACGAUUAGUCGAACACGAAAAAAAGAUAUACUAUUACUCAAAACGCCUUAAUUUGUUGCUAAAACAAAAAUAACAACAACAAACCACAAGGUAAAUUUCAUUGAAGAUGGUGCUGUGAAUGAAUGAACCAAGGAAAUUGGGAACUUACGCCGUCAAGAAAAAUGGAAAAAUUUUGCCGCCACUGCUAUUGCUAAAAUAAAAUAAGCUAUAAUUGUUUAGUUUAUAAAAAUAUACAAUUAAAAAUAAAGAAGUUAGUGCAAAUUUUGCUGCUAAAAUUUAUAAAAGUAAAAAUAGAACAACAAUUAAGCAGCAAAAAGACCUGCAAGUGUGAAAUUUUGAUUAGAAAGGGCAUACAUAAAGCAAAGCUAAAGCGAAGCGUGUGCGUAAGGAAAAGUUGUUAGAGCAUUGGGUAUGUAUUGUAACGUAAUGUAAGAGAAGUAGUAUGAGGAAAACAAAAGUAAGGCACACAUAAAAUUUGCAGAGCACUGAAAUUAGUUGAGGACGGAAUAAAAAGCACCUAUAACAUAAACCGGGAAAUUGUAUUAAAUCUUAACAGCGCGCAUGCGCGUACGAGAUGUUAACGUGUAUAUUCACAAACUUUCCUCCAACGUUGCGAUUAAUUAAAAAAAAACACGAACUUUUUCGGUAUUUAUAACUACAAGCGCAUUUUCAAAAUUUAUAUAUAUAUCUUGUGCACGAUUUAGUCUCAGUUUUUUUUUUAUUGGUGUACUCUUUCUUACAAACAGAUUUUCAUUACUGUUUCGGUUCAAAAAAAUCAUCAAAAUUAUAAACAUAUUUUUUUUUGCAAAUCAUAAAAUACUAUUAUUUCU